AUGCGACCAUUCCUACUGGUCACAGUGCUAAGCACUGCAUUCCUCGUCCAAGUACAAAGCUUCUCCAACCCCAUCAUCUACGACGACUUCCACGACAACGACAUCUCCCGCGGCCCCCGGUGGGAACUCAUAGCCCACUCCGUUCCAACCCUCGACUUCGGUCCCAACUACGAUCUCCCCUCCGCGAACGAAACGGCCUAUAACCUAGGCACGUGGGCAUUAACCCUGCGUUACCGCGAAAGCACCAACCAGUGGUUCUGGAUCGGGUGCGCAAACGUCUGGACGACAUACGUCUACGCCGCGCCCGCUGUUACAGGAUCCUGGGAGCAGGCAACUAGCUUCCAACCCUGUUUCUACGACUGUGGGCUGCUGGUCGACGACGACGACACGCUGUACGUCGCGUACGGGAGCAACAGCGUUAGCGUCGCGCAGCUCUUCCCGGCGGAGUGCGCGAGUAUCGAGGGGAACCGCAUGUACAAGAUCAACGGGUCGUAUUAUAUCCUGGACGACGGUCCCAGCGAUGGCAUAGCGGAGGUGUGGAAGGCGUCGGAUCCGUUUGGGCCGUAUGAGCGGCGGAUCCUCGUCGAUAGCAGCACUAUGUCGUCGCCGGUUCCUGGUACGGGAGUUCCGAUUCAGGGGAGCCUGGCGGAGGUCAAGAAGACGGGGGAGUGGUACUUCAUGUCCUUUGCGUGGAAUUACCCGCUCGGUCGCGUGCCGGUUCUGGCGCCAAUUACGUGGGGCGAGGAUGGGUUUCCGGUGCUGGGCACGGCCGUUCCGUCCUGGAUGGGCGUGGAUUAUUUCGAGGGUGAAGUGCUUGUGCCCGCCUGGCAGUGGAACCACAACCUGGACACGACAAGGUUCACGCUCAAUAGCCCUGGACUGCCGAGGACUGUAACUGUGACGGACGACCUUUACGCAGCGAGAAACACGCUAACGCAUCGGAUCCACGGGGCAAGACCGUACGGAGUCGUCGAGCUUGAUUUCAGCAACAUGACGGACGGAGACCACUGCGGCUUAGCUGCGCUCAAGGACGCGAGUGCAUGGAUCGGCGUCGUUCGAAACGGCAGGGACUAUCACUUGGCUGCUGUGCAGGACCUGAUGAUGGGACAGUACGGGGGCAUGACAAGCACGGGGACAAUUGUAGCGAGGGCGCCGAUUACGGCGACCAAGGUCUCGUACAGCUUGGAUGGAACAGAAUUCACAGAUCUGGGGUAUCGGUAUGGGAUUUUUAAUUAUGCUACCAAGGCUCUCGGCGAGUCAGUCGAGGUAAUCAGCUUUACUAGUGAGGCAACUCGCUAG